AUGUAUAACCCACACCGUGGUAUGGUUACUGCUCCAAACUCACGAUUGACAGAGCUGCUCGAUCAGCUGCGCCAGGAGUAUGAGAACCAGUCGCGGAAUACCGGCGAGUUUGAACAUCAACUCACGGGCCAACUCCAGGAGAUGGAGAUGAUCAGACAGAAAGUGUACCAGCUGGAGCAGGCGCAGAUAAAAAUGAAGCAAGAAUACGAGGCUGAAAUCCGCACUCUUCGAAUGGAACUCGAAUCUCGUGGCGUGCAUCUCCCCCAGUCUCACAUUGGUGGUCCCCCAACACAUGCUGGGCCUUCUCAAGCUCCUCCUCCCGCGCUUGGACAUGGCCCUGCCAAUCUGUUUGGCGGCAUCAUGACCAACCCAGGAGGUGGAGCUCCAGCCCUUGCGCCCCCUCCUCCUCCACAGGACCAGCAACAACCGCCCCAGCACGCUCUUCAGCAACCCGGUUCUGGCGCCCAAGGCCCUCCUCAACCACAGCAAGGUGCCUUUGGAGGGUAUCAGCCUGCCUCUGCAGUUAACGGUUAUGGACCUCCACCUCCCGCUCCAACCUCGUCCCCAGGCCCUGGAAAAGGCAGAGCCAGUCGCGCACCUCCCGGUCCAGCCACCCCCCAACAGAACCAUCAAGUCGCCUAUCCCGACACUCGUGCAUCCCCUCAGAUGCCCCGCCCCACUCCUCCUGGCCAGCAACUGAGCUAUCGCGUAGGAAACACACUCGCAGACCUGGAUCCUGACAAGUUGCCCCCCAGCCAAAAGCGCGAAGGUUCUGAUUGGUACGCCGUUUUCAACCCGGAGGUUCCUCGUUUGCUGGAUGUCGACCUUGUCCACCAUCUCGUUCAUGACAGUGUAGUUUGUUGUGUUAGGUUCAGCAAUGAUGGGAAAUUUGUUGCUACGGGCUGCAAUCGCUCUGCGCAGAUCUUUGACGUUCAGAGUGGACAGCUUGUCACCUCUUUGCAAGAUGAUUCUGUUCUUGAUAAGGAAGGGGACCUUUAUAUCCGUAGCGUCUGCUUUAGUCCAGAUGGGAGAUACCUUGCUACUGGUGCAGAAGAUAAACAGAUUAGAGUCUGGGAUAUCCAAAAACGCACCAUAAAACACAUCUUCUCCGGCCACGAACAAGAUAUCUACUCUCUCGACUUCGCCCGCAAUGGCCGCUACAUUGCCUCCGGCUCCGGCGACAAAACCGUCCGCCUCUGGGACAUCGUCGACGGCAAGCAGGAACUAAUCCUCAGCAUCGAAGAUGGCGUUACUACCGUCGCCAUAUCUCCCGAUGGCCGCUUCGUCGCUGCCGGUUCCCUCGAUAAGAGUGUUCGGGUCUGGGAUACGACGACUGGAUAUCUUAUUGAGCGUCUUGAGAAUCCGGAUGGGCAUAUGGAUAGUGUGUAUUCUGUGGCGUUUGCGCCGAAUGGGAGGGAUCUUGUGUCGGGCAGUUUGGAUAAGACUAUUAAAUUGUGGGAGUUGACGCCGCCUAGAGGGAUGGUCCCUGGUUCUGGUCCUAAGGGUGGCAAGUGUGUUAGGACUUUUGAGGGGCAUAAGGAUUUUGUUCUUAGUGUCUGCUUGACACCCGAUGGACGCUGGGUUAUGAGUGGAUCUAAGGAUCGUGGCGUACAGUUCUGGGAUCCAGCGACUGGGAAUGCGCAGAUGAUGCUUCAGGGCCAUAAGAAUUCAGUUAUCUCCGUCGCACCCAGCCCAGUCGGCAACCUGUUUGCGACCGGAAGCGGAGACAUGCGUGCUAGAAUCUGGAGGUUAGUUUCAACCCUCAACGUUUGA